AUGGCCUCAAGCUCGCCGCACUCGUCCCCGGACGGCCGAGGCUUCCUCACGACCCCUCCUCAUUCCUCCGCCUCGCCCUCGCCGUCGCUUUCUCUCUCGUUCUCGUCGCUCUUGGGCGGCGGCAGCGCAAACAAUUCAUCUUCCGGCCCGCUUUCGCCAAACAACGCGGCCUCGCCGUCGCAUCUGUCGGUAGUUGCGUCGCUGAUUGCGCAGUCGUUCGCGCCGCGCAUCGCGGUUUUCGCUUCCGAUGACGCAAACGAGUUCGCGCGCGACAUGGGCUUCGACUCCUUGCUCGAGCUCCUGCGCCCGUUUGGCGAUAAAGUCAAGGGACCGGUAGUGGUCCGGGAUUCGCAGGGGAUAACCUCCACACUCGAAGACUUUGGGAUUCGCUUUGUGUCGUCGAAUUUCGCAGCCAAGGCAAUGUUUGCGGCAUCGCUGCCACAGCAGGGCACAGGAUCCGGUCCCUCGUCAUCGUCCCAGAGUACACCGACAUCGUCACCUACAAAGACCCGUGCGCGCAGCAACAGUAAAGCAGCCCAGAUGGCAGCCCAAGCGUCGGCGUGCUUCGACAUCUACGAUCUCGACCGCGUGCUUUCGCUGUACCUGGCUCAAUCGCCACGGUUUUUCUCCCCCACAACAUCCUUUUCGCCCGCGGCUAUGCACGACGCGAUCUACCACCGCUGCUUGAAACGGCUACUUGCCACGCCGCCGAUUUCCGCGCACGAGACGUUUGCGCACCCGGUUGCGUCCGUGAUUGCGAUCUCGUCGCGGAAUCCGCAGCCGAUCGAGACGUUGUCGAUGCUGUACAAGACCGGGAACGACACGCCGGUACCAAAUUACAUGAGUAAAGAUUAUCUUCGUUACUACAUCCUGAUCCACGACGAGGACCACAGCGAGAUCGAGAAGUCGAUUGCGCUGUUUGAGCGCAUGAAGCGGCAUUUCGGGCUGCAUUGCCACAUGAUCCGGAUGCAUUCGUCAAAGGUCGAGUUGAACGCGACAGAAGAACCGAUACAAGCCGUGCCGCAUUCUGAGUGGAUAUCGGCUGCGGAAGAGGUCGAGUUGCUGCAGAAUACCGAGCGGAAGGAACGGUAUAUUAGAGCGGAGGAUGCUUCGAACCUUCAGGCGUUUGUCAGAGAGAUGACUGUUCAGAGCCUGAUUCCUUUUAUGGAGCGGUGCGUAAACACAUGGAACGAUCAGAUCGCGUCAAGUAGGCGUGGCCUCACAGGCCGGUUCUUUUCCGCCUCACGUCGCUUUCUGGGCACAAACAGUCGUGCAGCAGGAGCAGGCGCGUCAGCAGGUGCGUCGGGCAACUACGACCCUGUGACGUCCUCGUACGGGUUCAUGACUGCCGAGGCGCAGAUGCGGAAACUCGCAGACUACGCGGUCAUGCUGCGCGACUGGCGCCUGGCGCAGUCGACGUACGAUAUCCUGCGCAAAGACUUUCUGAACGAUAAAGCGUGGAAGUACCAUGCCGGCGCGCAGGAGAUGGCUGCGACUAGUUUGAUCCUGAGCGGGACGCCGCUGUCGUCAAAGACGAGGAUGGAGACUCUCGAGCCGAUGCUGGAUUCGGCUACAUACUCGUACACCUCGCGGUGUAAUCAGCCCACCUACGCGCUGCGGACGAUCCUGAUGGCGUCCGAAUUACUACGCUCGCGGGGCGGGGGCGCUGCGGACGACGCCGCGCGCUGGCUCAUGAAAGCUAUUUCAGAGAAGCUGAUGGGCAAUCUUGCGCAUGCGCUGAUAAUCGAGCGCGUGAGUGCGUGCUACGCCAUCAGACGGGGCAUGGGGUCACAGGGCUGGGGCAGUCGGCGCCGGAAGGCGGCGUUUUGGCAGCUUGUGGCGGCGAAGGAGUGGAUCGGGCUCGAUAAGAAGCCGCAUGCGCUCGAGUGUUUGGAGGAGGCGGGAGAGUGUGCAUAUUACGGGCUGCCGUGGACGGAGGUGCCUGGGUCGCUGAUGUAUGAGCUCCGGGAGAGCGCGCAGUCGAUGGUCAUGUAUGACAGUGGGAAGGACUGA